CUCGACACGCAUCCUCGGUUUUGUAAACAGUAGAGGAGUCGUUAGGGGAGUGGGGCGCUUAGUCACAGAGAGAGAGAACAGAGCGGACAGGAGGGGUUUUACCCGAAUCUCCAGCACUUCUGCUUCAGAAACAGCUUGUGGAUUUUCCUGACAGUUCGUUGUUGGAGGUUAAUCACAAAAUCUAGGAAGAUGCUGAAAUCUCUGGGUAAAAUGUUUACAACAGGAUUGGACAAUCCGAAGUUUACUCUUCAAGAAAGCAAGGGCCAGGACUAUGAGGUCCGCACCUACCAGCAAACAAACUGGGUCAGUACCACAGUGACUGAAAUGGAUCAGGACUCUGCCUUAAACACAGGCUUUAACCGACUCUUCAAAUACAUCCAGGGAAACAAUGAAAAGAAGGUUAAGGUGGAGAUGACUGCACCAGUCACCUGCAUGAUAAACCCUGGAGAAGGUCCAGCCUGUGAGAGCUCAUUCUCUGUGUCCUUCUACGUUCCUGAAGAGCACCAGGCUGACCCACCCAAACCCAGCGCCCCGGAAAUCUUUGUAGAGAACAGGAAGGAGUUCACUGUGUUUGUGAGAACCUAUGGAGGUUUUGCCAACACACAGAACACCAAUGAAGAGCUGCAGAAACUGAUAGAGAGCCUGAAGAGGGAUGGAAUGGCCUUUAAAGAGGCUCCAUAUUACAGAGUGGGCUACGACAGUCCCUUCAAGCUGGUCAACCGCAGGAACGAAGUCUGGCUCAUCAAACCAGAGGAAGGAAAGUAAUGAGCACAAGUAUGUUUACACUGUUUAAGGAAAAGAGGUCUGGAUCAUUAAAAUCCUAUCGUUUUUGGGAAUUCUGUCUUUGCAUUCACAAAUGCCUGGAACAUUUUUUAGGAUUUUAUAAUACUCAUUAAUUUUAAGAGUUGAAAGGGUACAAAUAUCUUUAAAUAUAAGAACGCUACUAAAUGUUUUGCUUUUUUAAUAUAAAUGAAGUGUAAAAAAACACAUGCUUUUUGUUGUAACAAAAACGAUGUGACUUUAACAGAUUAGUAUUAUGAUUUCAUCAUAAUAGAUCAUAGAUCAUUCAUUCAUAGAUCAUUUCUAUUGAUCUGUUAUUAAAAAUAUAAAGAGAAACAUUUGUUACAACAUAUUACAUUAGAUCAGACAGAUAACUGACACAGCAUAGAAGCUGUAACCAAUCUUAUGUAACAUGAUAUAACACAUGUCUCUGUUUGUUAUUGGAAUAGAAAGGGGACUUUAAAAUGUGAUUUUAAUUGCAUCACUGAAUUGAUAAAUAUUGCCUUGCAUGGUCAGUUCUCUUGUGCUGCUGUUACUUUAAAUCUUUAAUUGUAAUUAGUUUUUUUUAUUGCACUUGCCUGUAAUGAAUAAAUUGACCAGCCUAAUGUGAACACUAACACAUUCCUAUUAACCUGCAGUCUGAGGCCUUGAAGUAGAAUUACUCCUAAAGGGAGAGCUCAUUAAUUUUGAUUAUUUUUUUUAAACUGGAAUGUAUAUACCAAUAAGAAACUGUUUAACUCAAACGUGCUGUUGUUCUUUUAUUGAAUAAUAAAUGCACAUGUUUUACAAUUAAUAGAA